UCCUACUCCCUUUUUCUCUCUCUCUCUCUCUCGGCUUUCACUCUUUCGUAUUAUCGCCCUCUGUAUUCCACCUCCCUCAUCCUCUCUCUGUCACAGUGGGAGAGCUGCAGGCAGACAGAGGCAGCAUACACUAAUGUUACUAUAUUUGACAAGGCAGGCACACACACACACACACAUAUUCUCCUGCCACAUGCACGACUGAACACACAUACGGAAAAGAAGAAGGGGAGGUGGGGGUACACACACACACACACACACACCGGAAAGAUAGCCCUCAAGUGUACAUGUGUGGAUAAACACACACACACACACACACACACACACACAGACACACUCCAACGCGCGCUGUGUGCAGGAAUCACAAACAUAGCGACACAGAAGGGCGAGCGCAUGACGCCAGCAACCUAACGCCGUUGUCUCUCUCUCUCCUCUCUCUCUCUCUCUCUCUCUCUCCCUCUCUCUCUCUCUCACACACACACACUCCGUCUCGCUCUUUUUCACACACACUCACGCCUCUCAGACACGCACAGCAGCGCACACAAGCCAGAGAACAGGACGGCGCUGGACGUAUCAUUCAUAUAGGGAAUAGAUCCGGAGGAAAGGAUUAACUAUCUCCAUCCCUUUCCCCCUCCAUGGACCUUAUCCUCUCUUCCCUCCUCUUGUGUCUCUAAGCCUCUCUUCACCUCAUUUUUUCCCCCUACAAUCCCUCAUUUUUUUUCUAUACAAUCCCUCCUUUUUCACAAUUCAUUGGUGGGUUGAAGGGGGAAGCUGGGGGGGAUUGUCUCUAUACAGAAAGGAGGAUUAUUCUCACAUUAUUCAUUUGACCAGGAUCUUGAAUGCAUGGAUUUCUUCAACUGAAGAAGUGACUGUUUUGCUUCUAUGUUUUGUUCUGCGAGAGAUUUUUGAGAUUUUGUCUUAUUUUUAAAAAAAAAAAUUUUUUGGGGGGGGGGGAGAUGGCUGAUGACAGAAAGCUAUAAGGCUGGUGCUGUCUGAGAUAUCUGGUCAAAAGGUGUUUUGUUGUGGCUUUUCGCAGUCGCCGCCCUAGUGGAGACUGCAGGCAUGGCGGCUUGACGCCCCCAUAGCCCCGCCCCUCCGACAGAGGAAGGCUGCAGAGCUCUGUGUCAUGCCCCCACACACCCGCCCCCCCGGGGGCAUCGGUCUGCCCCCGCCAAGCUCUACCACCCACCACCUGGCCAGUCCUGUCUUCCUCUGCGUCCUCUGCCUCCUGGCAGCGCUGCUUCCAGCAGCCUCCGCCUGCCCUCCUCCCUGUCUCUGCUACUCAGAUGGCUUGGUGGACUGCGGGGGCCGGGGUCUCUCCUCCCUGCCUCCCCUCCACCUACUGCCUCCGGGGAGCCGCUCCCUCCUGCUCGCCAACAACAAGCUUGCCUUGCUGGGAGCCUCUGCCUUUGUCAACAUCUCCUCUCUGGAGGAGUUGGACCUCUCUAAUAACUACCUGGAUAAUUUACCUGGUGGAUUAUUCAGAGACAUGUCCAACCUGACAAGACUGACUCUGCACAACAACUCACUAACAGUGAUGGACAGAGAACUCUUCCAGGGUUUGGGCGGUCUUCAGAGACUGGAUCUGUCUCUGAACGGUCUGUCCUCUGUCCCCCUUGGGCUACUGGACGAGCUGCAGAGCCUCAGUUGGCUGUCUCUAGCCGGUAACAGGCUUCAUGGUUUGGAGAGGGCAGCAUUUGAGCCACUUGCCAACCUGCAACACCUGGAACUGGGACACAACCCCUGGGAAUGUGACUGCAACCUCCGUGAUUUCAAACACUGGAUGGAGUGGCUGCUGUACAGAGGCGGGAAAGUGGACGCGGUGGAGUGCACGCUACCGAAGGAUCUGCGUGGGCGAGACAUCCGCGGCGUUCCAGUGGAAAUGUUCAACUACUGCCUCCAACUUGAAGAUGAGAAUGGAGGGGGAGGUGACGGUUCUCGUUCAGGACAAGGAGGCGUUCCUCCCUGCAGCAGGAAUGCACUUAGCCCCAGUGGGGCAACACUGAGUUCUGACAACAGCAACGCUGGGGAUGACUCCACUUCAAACACAGGAGGCGGAGAGGCCUCGUCAGAUUGUGUCCGAGCCCGUUACCGACCUGUGAGCGUGCGCCGCGCAAUCGGCACGGUGGUGAUUGCAGGCGUUGUGUGCGGCAUUGUUUGCAUCAUGAUGGUUGCAGCCGCGGCUUACGGCUGCAUCUAUGCCUCGCUGAUGGCCAAGUAUCAGAGAGAGCUGAAGAAGAGGCAGCCAUUGAUGGGAGACGGUGAGGCAGAUGGAGAGGAUAGGGAGGAGAAACAGAUCUCCUCCGUGGCCUAGAGGAGUGACAGGACGGGGGAGGGUUGGCAUGUCAAAGGGUGAAGGUUGUAAGGGGUGAAAAUUAAAAGGGCUCGAAGAGGAGAGAGAUGGAAGAGCUUGUUUUAUGCACACAGACAGUUAUGGUAUCUCUCCCUCUGACUCUCAAACUGACACCUUUCUCACACUUUUUGUCUUCCUUUCUUGGUCCUCUUUCUAUUUUUAACCUUCUUCCUCUCUGUCCCACUCUCCAACACACUCGCUCACAUACCUUAUCUGUUCCCUGAUUUUCUCCUUCAUUUGGAGCCAUUCUCACUGCGGUAUUUGUUACCAAUCAUCCCUUCAACUCGCCUACCAACCACCUACUGCUGCUCUUGGCUGCUGCUGAAUUUACCAUAAUAUUGGCUGAGAGAAAAAAAAAGAAAAAAAAAACGAUUUGGUACUCUCUUUAGUAUGAAACAUAUCAUUUAAGCUGUUGCAAGACACUCAUGGUGUAUAAUCAGUCAGUAUUUCUAAAACUGGAUUGAAUAUUCAGGGAUUCACAGUAUAUAUGGUGUCGAUUGGACCAAUAUUCACAAAGCUGAGAAGAAUCUGUGGUAUUAGGUAGUGCCCAGCUCUUAUUUUGUUUGCAACUUUCUCCUCCUCAACCUCUCCAAAGCCAAUAGUUCCUCAGAAAAAACAGGACUCCAGCCAAGAUCCCUUCACCCUCGUCUGGUCUAAUGCUCUGACAUUCCCUUGAACCUCAAAGUCUCAAAGAGAUGUCAUUUAUAUAGUUAAAGCCUCUCUAGUGCUUUGUCGCAGAGGGAUACUGGGAUAUUAUUAUGUUGAUAGAAAAUCAAACACAGAGUUUCCUGAGUCUAGUGUCUCUUAAAUUGUGUCAAGAAUGUUACAAUAUGAACAGGAAAUCACUUUGAUUGACAAAAUGAUCUUUCAAAUUGAUGAGGACAGAGACAAUGGUUAGAUAUUCUCCCCUAUUUGGACGGAUCUCUCUCUCUGGAUCUUCUCUGGACCAAUAACAUCCUCCAGGAGUCACAGACUGGAGCUGUGUAUUCUACGAUGACUCAGUUCAAUGGGGGAAGCAAACCAUUUUGACUGGAAUUUGAAUUUGCUGUAUUUGUCACUGUUCCUCGGAAUGAGGCUCUUGCUUACUUGAUGCUUGGUAAAAGAUUAGGAUUUGUACCUGAACAGGUCAAAAGACUCUUAUCAUGGUGGGAAAAAAAAAGGUCAAUACUACUAUUUUCUUGUAUUCCUUGGACUUCUAGCGUUGCUUCUAGGCUGGUUCAAGGGAGUAUUUACAGUGGUUUUAAUCAAGUUGCUGAGAUUUACAAAAGGACCAUAGACAUCUGCUUAAAAGCAAAUCUUCUUUGUUCGGAGCUGAUUUUCAGACUGAUUUCACCCCUCAGAGGGAAAUGUUUGCUACUAUGGCAUGGAAGCACUAUCUCAGAGAACCCUGUCUCCUGGCAAGGACUACAGAAAUUCAUCUAAAGGACUACAAACUUCAGACUCCUGCACUUUAUUUCCCUGAUCAGAUCCCCUCUGGUCUCCCUCCUCCCUCCUCCCUUCCCUCUUUUUCUUUCUAAGAUGGACGAUUCGCCCAGAGGGAUUAUAACGAACAUGGGAUUAAACAAAAAGACGCUGCUAUUUCCCUCCUCCUCCCCCUUUUCAUCCCUUUAUCUCUCCAUCCAUCUUUCCAUCCAGUGCUAUUUAUGGAAGGUUUUUCAUGCUUCCCUAAAGACGUCCACCUCCUUUCUUUCCUUUCAUCCAUCCUUGUUGUCCUAGUGUUUUUCCUGACAGGUCAGCAAUAUGCAAUGGAAGUUGUGUCACCAUAACAUGAACAUUAUGCUACUGCCAAAGAGUCCUUCUGUUGUAAACUUAAUUAUUGUCACUUAUUUGAGAGGAAUCUGUUUGAUUAGCUUUUUUUAAUUUUUAUCAGUGCAUUUAAGAGAAGCUAGUCUGUUUGGUCUGCGUAGUCUUUUCAUAAGCAUCCUUUUCAUUAUGCCCUAAAAUGUUAUUUAAUAUUUAAGCUUUCACUUAUGUGUUUUCAGUGACAAACAAUCUCAGUAAAAUAUGGCUUUCAUUGCAUAUUGCCUCCCUACAGGCGAGCUAUUGUUCCCUCUCAAUUUUUAAUUGGCUGGAAAUGAACUUAUAUUAAUAGUGUGCUAUCUUAUACCCGGGUAUGAUGCAGAUAAAUAUUAUUAUAUUAGUCUCUAAUAUGGUGUGUUGGCCCAGCAAUCCCCAAAUGUUUUUGGACGUAACUGUUUAUGGUUUUCUGUAUCAAUUCAUGAUGUUUGUCUUUUGUUGUGUUAAUGACUUCUGUGUUUUGUUUUGUUUUGUUUUAGGUUUUAAUAUCUCUGCAAUGUUUGUUUAUCCGUCGUGUUCAUUUAGUUGUGUUCGGUAGUUGGUGAAGUUUCUGCAAGAGGCAUAGAAAGAGUUUGGCCAUUGGCAGUGAAAAGGGCCCCAUACUGCUGCCUCGUCUCUGAAAUGUAUCAGGGUGACAUUAUUUAGCAGAAGUCACAUAGGCGACAGAUAACCUUAUCAUUUUAAUAGUAUUUUCUUCAUGUAGUGCUACAGGACCAAUUUCAUCUCCUACAAAUAAUAAACACAGUGCCCAUAUUCUCACUGGUUACUAUUUCUACAACAUCCAAACAUGAUAACUCGCAUGGUUAAGAUGUCGCAAAUAUUUGACAACUAAAUCAAGCAUGAAAAACCUUAGUGAAAGGUUAUGGUCUUGGUUAUAUAAUAAAGACGUCAACAGCAAUGCCUUGUAUGAGAUAAAAUAUGAGAUAAGAAAAAAACACUUAAACUCUUCUCGCCCUCCACAUUUUGCUGCAUUUAUUAUAAGUAUUAGACUAAGUCUUGGAUCAGAAUAGUUGCAUAGAAAUAAUAUUUGUAGGAGAUCGAGCUGGCAGGAAGUCAAGAUGCACAAAAAUCUGGAGUCCGGCCUAUAAAUGUAUUGCAAAUUAAGUCUAGACACACUUCAGCAACAAUGGUCAGGUAAAAAUUCCUUAGAUAUAAAUUAAAAUGAAUUAUUGCCAUCUUCAGAGCUGUGUGAAAACAAAGUGAUAUUUUAAAAUGACAAGUGUAAACAUAGCCAUGAAUUUCACAGGGAUUCUGGGGCAGUAACUGGAAAAAAAA